AUGGUGAAUCUCUCAAUAGAUAUGUUGAACCAGGAGAUCGUUACUUUUAGUGGCGAUACUGCAACAGUCAAAUUAGAUAUUCAAAUCGGUAAAGGACCUUUUGCACCUACAGUCGAUGGUCUCGUAAAGAUUGGAGAAACUAUGACCUUAGUAGUUUCUGUAAAGGAUCCUGGUUUCGAUCUUCAGGUGCGUGACUGUUUGGCGCGAGACGAAGCCUCAACCAAUAUGUUGCAGCUCACCGACGAAAGAGGCUGCAUUCUGAAACCGAAACUGUUUAGUGCCUUUCAAAAGACAAAUAAUACGGGCAAUACGGGCGCUUCUAUUAUCGCUUAUGCGUUCUUUCAAGCCUUCAAAUUUCCUGAUGUUAUGGAUUUAUUUAUCGAAUGUAAUGUCGAAUUAUGUAAAAUUAAUUGCGAUCCUUGUCCAGACACAAAUCAA